UUGAAUUGAAGAAAAUGGAUGGUCAAGAUUUCCUUAAUUAUUAGAUACUAUGAUCACAUUCACAUCUAUAAUACACUCAAGAGCAAGCAUAGUAAACUAUACAUCUUAUAUUAAUCAAUAUAAUUUUAAGAAGAACAGUGAUCGUCAGAUUGUACCUUAAAUCUCAUUUUCCGAAAACCCUUUCGUUUAAGGAAUGCAUCAACAUGGUGGACCUGGACCAGGACCAUGGGCACCCGGAGGGCCACAAUGGGGACCAGGUCCUGGAGGAUUAUUUGUAGGAUGCGCCGAUGGUAUAUGGAGCGCUAUUUCUUCCGUUGAAUUUGCAGGUUCUAUUGCUUGUGCUGUUGUUGGUUAAUGCAAGACUGCUUUGGUGGGCCUAUUCCACCAUACGCUCCUCCACCGCCGCCUCCAUUCUGAUCCGCUCACAAUCCUCUACUUGGUGUUGCGGCUGUGACAAAAUAACAAUUUUCUGUGAUGAAAUAACAGUUUUUUCUCUUGGUGUUGCGCAUGUAUCAGCAAAGCAAAAGUAUCUCGUUUUCUAUCAUGUCAGCAGAUUUUGUUUUGAUCUUUUCGUGUAAUUCUAAUUUAUGUAACUCCUCAAGAUUUGACUUAAGGAAAUUUAUAUUAUUAUCAAAAGUAAACAAAUAUUUAGUGUCGAAAUGCUAACUACAGCUUCAUAAAAAUAAUAUAGUAAGCCCUAGCUACAAUGAU